UUCCCAGAGCUCUGCUUUUUCCUGGAAGGAAGAGAAGAAAAAUGACCAAGUUCCAGGAGGCAGUGACCUUCAAGGACGUGGCUGUGGCCUUCACCGAGGAGGAGCUGGGGUUGCUGGACUCUGCCCAGAGGAAGCUGUACCGAGAUGUGAUGCUGGAGAACUUCAGGAAUCUGGUCUCCGUGGGACAUCAGUUCUUCAAACCAGAUAUGAUAUCCCAGUUGGAGAAAGAGGAAAAACUUUGGCUGAGGGAGUUCCAGACCCCAAGAGGAAGGCAUUCAGGAGACAGUCAUCAAAAUGAGAUGGAGGUUCUUCACCAAGCAGGAUUAAAGUGCCUUUCACUGGAAGAGCUUUCAUGCUGGCAAAUCAGGAGACACGUUGUAAGCAAAUUAACCAGACAUCAAGACUCCCUGAUAGAUAUUGAAGGAAAGAGUUCUCAGUGCCCCAAGCAACAUGAUUCCCCCUGUCAAGUGGGAGCAGGAGAAUCUAUUCAGGCUUCUGUAGAUGACAGCUGUCUGAGGAAUCUGAUAGGGGAUCAUUCUAAUAUCAUUGAAAAUCAAGAAUUACCAACUGAGAGAGUUCAGAAUUCUUGGAGUAAAAUAUAUUCGAAUGAGACUGAGAAUUAUCAAAGAAGUUGUAAGCAGACUCAGAUGAAAACCAAAUUAUGUAUAUUUGCUCCAUGUGUUGACAUUUUCGGUUGCAUUUCACACCACCAUAAGGAUAAUGUAGUGCACAAAAGAGAUCAGACUCAUAGCAGCAGUGAUUGCGGCAAAGACAUCCUCACGAUUUCACCUCUUACCCAGCGCAGUAUCCACACAGGACAGAACACCUACCAAGGAAGUGAAUGUGAAAAAGCCUUCAGUGGUAGCUCCAGUCUUGAACUUCAUCGCCAGGUACACUUGGGAAAGAAGUCCCCUACAUGCAGUGCACACGAGGACACCAGUUAUAGGCCAGGUAUUCCUGUUCAACAGAGUGUUCGCACAGGGAAAAAACGCUAUUGGUGUCAUGAAUGCGGUAAGGGUUUCAGCCAGAGCUCCAACCUGCAAACUCAUCAGAGAGUCCACACAGGCGAGAAACCCUAUACAUGCCACGAGUGUGGUAAGAGCUUUAAUCAGAGCUCCCAUCUUUAUGCUCAUUUGCCUAUUCACACGGGAGAGAAGCCCUACAGAUGUGACAUUUGUGGGAAGGGCUUCAGUCGUAGCACCGAUCUGAACAUUCACUGCAGAGUUCAUACUGGAGAGAAGCCUUAUAAAUGUGAGGUGUGUGGAAAGGGCUUCACGCAGAGGUCACAUCUUCAGGCCCACGAGAGAAUCCACACUGGAGAGAAACCAUAUAAAUGCGGAGAUUGUGGUAAACGGUUUAGUUGUAGCUCAAAUCUUCAUACCCACCAGAGAGUCCACACUGAGGAAAAGCCAUACAAAUGUGAUGAGUGUGGUAAGUGCUUUAGUUUGAGUUUUAAUCUUCAUAGUCACCAACGAGUCCACACAGGAGAGAAACCAUAUAAAUGUGAAGAGUGUGGGAAGGGUUUUAGUUCAGCCUCGAGUUUCCAGAGCCAUCAGAGGGUUCACACAGGAGAGAAACCAUUUCGAUGCAAUGUGUGUGGUAAAGGCUUCAGUCAGAGUUCAUAUUUUCAAGCCCAUCAGAGAGUCCACACUGGAGAAAAACCAUACAAAUGUGAAGUGUGUGGAAAGCGCUUCAAUUGGAGCUUGAAUCUUCACAAUCAUCAGAGAGUUCACACAGGAGAGAAGCCUUAUAAGUGUGAGGAAUGUGGUAAAGGUUUCAGUCAGGCCUCAAAUCUUCAAGCCCAUCAGAGUGUCCACACUGGGGAAAAGCCAUUCAAAUGUGAUGCAUGUCAGAAGCGGUUCAGUCAGGCCUCACAUCUUCAAGCCCAUCAGAGAGUCCACACCGGAGAGAAACCAUAUAAAUGUGACACGUGUGGUAAAGCCUUUAGCCAGAGGUCAAAUCUUCAAGUCCAUCAGAUAAUUCACACUGGAGAGAAACCAUUUAAAUGUGAGGAGUGUGGGAAAGAAUUCAGUUGGAGUGCUGGUCUCAGUGCUCAUCAGAGGGUCCACACAGGGGAGAAACCCUAUACAUGUCAGCAGUGUGGGAAGGGCUUCAGUCAGGCCUCACAUUUUCACACACACCAGAGAGUUCACACUGGAGAGAGGCCUUACAUAUGUGAUGUCUGUUGUAAGGGCUUCAGUCAGAGAUCACAUCUCGUCUACCAUCAGAGGGUCCACACUGGAGGGAAUCUGUAGAAAUGUGAUGUGUGGCAUAGCUUUCAGUUAGGGUUUACGUCUUCGUCUCCAUUGGGAAGUCUGUGCUGAUGACUGUGGAAAUGUUCCCUCAGAACUCAGAAGCUUCAAAGUAUCUUCCCUGGAAAGAAGCUCUCUAAAAUGCUGUGUUUUUAUUGAAGACUCAGUUGGGACAUCAGAUUUCACAGAUGAGAAAAAGUAUUUUUUCUAUAAAUAUGAUCAGAGUUUAUGUCGAAGUUCCAAAGUGUCACAGUUCUCAAGACACAACACAGCAGAAGAAUCUUAUUCAUUAGAGUCUACCCAGGAAGAGGCCUUACUUUAAGAAAAAUAUAAUGAUUGACACACAAAAUUGAUGUCAACUGAAAUGUAACCUCCAUGUAGGGAGAUUUUUUUUUUUUUAAACCACUAUCUCUACCAUGUAGAACUGUGCUUGGCUCAUAAUAGGGCCCAGCAAUUAGUGAAGAAAGUGGAGAAAAUCCUUAUCACUAGGACAGAUAUUUGAAAAUUGUGGUCAGUUUCCUGCCCUAAAUACAUAUUAAUUUAUAACCAAAAGGAAUCCUCCAAGUAGCCUUAAUAACAUUAAGUUCAGGAAGUAUUAAAGUACAGAAAAUCAUGUAAUACUACCAUCCAAAGUAAUACGAAUUUGGACAAAAGAUUUGUCAGUGGAUUCCAUCUUUUAUCCAGUCUCAGUUCUUUGUAUAGACUAUUAUCAGUUGUGUACAGUGUAAAUUUUAGUAUCAUUAGUUUGUACUUUAUAGACUGAAAAAUACUGUUUUUUUAAAUUAAUAAUGCAACACUGCAAUUUACAUACUUUUGGGACCUGAAUUUAUUGGAGUUUAACUCUGGAAGUGUAAAAGGUAGUUACUGAUGACAAAAAGUUUUU